AUGGCAUCGGCUUCAUCUUCAUCGGUUGAAAAGAGUUACAUUUACGACGUUUUUAUAAGUUUCAGGGGUAAAGACUUGCGUACCAGUUUUGUUGAUCACCUUUACCAUGCUCUUCGGAAAAGUGGCAUUAUCGUUUUCAAAGAUGAUAAAGACAUCAAGGUCGGAGAAAGGAUCAGUGACAAGCUCCCCAAAGCCAUUAGAGAUUCCAAGUUUCACAUCGUUAUUUUUUCCGAGAGAUAUGCAGAUUCCUAUUGGUGCUUAAACGAGCUUGUAGAGAUCCUAGAAAUAUGCCAGGAUCCAAAGGAGGAGCGAACUUUAUACCCGAUCUUCUAUCACGUGAAACCCAGCGAAGUCCGCGACCUAAAGGGGCAAGUUGGAGAGGCAUUUUCAGUACACUUAGAGAAUGAGGCUGCUGGGAGAUGGAGAGCUGCUAUGGCACAAGCAGCGUCUCUAGAAGGGUGGGAGUUGACCAAGACCGGUGAUGGGCAUGAAGUUCAAUUCAUCGAGAAAAUUGUUCAUGCCAUUUCACAAAAGCCAUAUUUCGCCAAUUUCAAUGUUAAUGAUAACUUAGUGGGCAUGACGACCCGGGUGGAGAAAUUACUUUUGAGUUUACAAGUUGGCUUUGAUGACGUUCGGAUGAUAGGGAUCACCGGUCUGGGUGGUGUGGGGAAGACGACUCUGGCAGGUGUAAUUUUUAAUCGUAUAGCCAAUCAGUUUGAUGGUAAAAGCUUUGUUCAGAAUGUUAGAGAACGCUCAGAAGACUCCAAGGGUUUGCAGGAUAUGCAAAAGCAGAUCCUAACUUCUGUGUAUGGUGAUCAAAGCAUUGAUGUGCCAAGUGAUUUUGAGGGGCGUAGUAUGAUGCAAAGGAGGAUGCCUAGUAUAAAAGUUGUUGUAGUUCUAGAUGAUGUGAACAAUGGAAAGCAACUUGAGGCAUUGGCAGAACCAAGUUGGUUUAGGCCAGGAAGUAGAAUCAUCAUUACAUCAAGAGAUAGGCAAGUAUUGGUAGCCCAUGGAGUUGAGAGUCACAGUAUUCAUGAUGUUAGUACGUUAUCAGAUGAGGAUGCAAUUCGUCUCCUUAGUAGGUAUGCUUUUAAAACAGAGUGUCCAGCUCAGGGUUAUGAAGAGCUAUCUGAAAAGGUUGUAAGAUAUGCUGCUGGUCUUCCUUUAACCAUCAAAACUUUAAGUUCAUCUCUUCGUGAUUGUCCUACGGAUGCAUGGGAAGAUGCCAUCAAAAGAUUAGAAACAAUUCCAUGGGGUGAUACCUUGAAAAUAUUGAAAAUAAGUUAUGAUGCUCUAGAGGAGGAUCAGAAAGACAUAUUCCUACAUGUUGCUUGCCUAUUGAAAGGCGAAAAGAAGAAGAGAGCAAUCAUAAUACUAGAAAGUUUAGGAUAUCGAGCUAAAAUUGGUUUAGGAGUUCUCGAGAAGAAAUCCUUAAUUACUUUUUGUGAUGGUCAUAAGUAUUAUGAUCGUAAUGAUGCUUAUGAUGAUGAUAAUGAUAAGAGGUUGUUGGACAUGCAUGAUGAUGAUAAUGAUAAGAGGUUGUUGGACAUGCAUGAUCAUGUAGAAGAAAUGGGGAUGCAUAUUGUGCGUAGCUUGUAUCCUGAUGAGCCGGAACGCCAUAAGCUACUAUGGAUUAAUCAUGAAAUUGAAACUAUAGUAGAUAAAGACUUGGGUACCGAAUCAAUAAGAGGUAUAAAACUACAGCACACAAAUCUCCGUCCAGCUAAACUUUCGCGAAGUCUUAAAAAGAUGAGAAGACUAUGUUUUCUUCACGUGGUGUGGCUAUCUAAAAUAGAUGAAUUUGUUGAAGCUGGCAAAUACCUUCCAAGCAGUUUACAAUUUCUACAUUGGUAUAGAUACCCUUAUAGGUAUUUACCUAAUACAUUUCAAGGAGAUAGGCUUGUUGUGAUGGAAAUGCCCUAUAGCCAUAUCCAUCAACUCUGGAAAGGGGGAAAAAAAAAGGUUCUUCCCAAACUCAGGCUCCUUGACCUUGGUUAUUCUAAAAUAGAAACCUUAAAUUCUGGUGGGAUGCUUCCAAAUCUUGAAGAAUUGGUUCUUCGUCAAUGUAAAAAGUUGGUAGAAGUCAACAUUUCUGAUGAAUGUUCGCAUCUCAAGAAGCUAGACCUAUACGAAUGUACAGCCUUAGAAAAACUCACCAUUUCCAACGAAUGUCUUUCACCUCUGAAGUCCCUCAACGUUUCCUUUACUAAGUUACGCAGGUUGAACCUUGGGCUGACCCCUAAUCUGGAGGUGUUAUCAGUUAAAUUUUGUUAUGGCUUGGAGGAACUUGUCAUGCCUGUUGAAUAUCGAAUGCUCACUAAACUCUCCCUUCAUUAUAUCGGUAACUUACAUAGCUUGAACCUUGUGCUGCCCCUCACUAAACUCUCCCUUCAUAGUAUCUAUGGGUUACGUAGCUUGAACCUUGGACUGACCCCUAAUUUGAAGGUGUUAUCAGUUGAAGAAUGCAAAGACUUGGAGGAACUCGUCAUGCCCGUUGAAUGUCGAAUGCUCACUAAAUUCUCCCUUUUCGGUAUCGAUAAGUUACGUAGGUUGAACCUUGGGAUGACCCCUAAUCUGGAGGUGUUAUCAGUUGAACGUUGUGAUGUCUUGGAGGAACUCGUCAUGCUUGUUGAAUGUCCAAUGCUCACUAAACUCUCCGUCAGUCACACCAACUUACGUAGCUUGAACCUUGGGAUAACCCCUAAUCUGGAGGUGUUAUCAGUUGAAGAAUGUGAAGCCUUGGAGGAACUAGUCAUGCCUGUUGAUUAUUGUAAAGAUUUAGAGGAACUCGAUAUGCCUGUUGAAUGUACAAUGCUCACUGAACUCACCCUCAGUGGUAAUAAAGAGUUACGUAGCUUCAACCUUGGGCUGACCCCUAAUCUGGAAGUGUUAUCACUGAGUAGCUGUCAAAAAAUCUUUGUGCCUGUAGAACUUCCAAGGCUUAGAGUCCUCUCCGUCAUCGAUGAUUAUGAGGAUGAACAUCAUUAUGGGUCGUUUUCAUAUCUACUGGAGAAGUUUAAGAGUAGUACUCUGUCGUUUCCAAACAUGAAUCAUCUUCGAGUAGAUGAUAGCAUUUAUAUGUUGAAGCAUCAUCUCAGAGUACUUGACCUUCAAUGGUGUCUGAACCUAAAGCAGUUACCCGAGGAUCUGGAUAGAUUGGAGUGUUUAGAGGAGUUAAGCCUAUCUUUGUCUGGAUCCUUGCGGAAUAUUCCUGAUUGCGUCUGUAACAUGACUCGUCUAAGAGUACUUGACCUUGGUUGGUGUGAGAACCUAAAGCAGUUACCCGAGGAUCUGGAUAGAUUGGAGUGUUUAGAGGAGUUACUCUUAUUCAAUUGUUCAUCCUUAGAGAAUAUUCCUGACUGCAUCUGUAACAUGACUCGUUUGAAAACAUUGGAUCUCUCAUAUUGCGAUAAGCUUGAGAAACUGCCUGAUGAAUUUAGACGUUUACAAAGUUUGGAAUUGUUAGACGUCACAUGGGGGACAGCUGAUAGGUUAAAGAAUCUUCCAGAGAGCAUUUCCCAAUUGAAAAAUCUUGAGUUGUUAAACUCGUACGAGUCACGAGUCGAGUCAAAAAGUAGUGGAAACGUUGCAACUCGUUGGAUAACUCGUUUGAAAACAUUGGAUCUCUCAUAUUGCGAUAAGCUUGAGAAACUGCCUGAUGAGUUUAGACGUUUACAAAGUUUGGAACUGUUAGACGUCUUGGGGAUAGCUGAUAGGUUAAAGAAUCUUCCAGAGAGCAUUUCCCAAUUGAAACAUCUUAAGGUUAGGAAUAGCUGGGCAGUGCUUAUAGGGAGUCUUCACGUGCGUCCUUGGAAAUGUAGACGCUCCCUCCCUAUUGAUACCAUGCGUCCUUGUGUCUGCGUCUUCAACAUUAGUCCUCCUGUGGAAGAUGGGGACGCUCGAGGUAGCUGGAACUGGGUUGGGCAAUCUGGUCAAAUGAGAAUUUGGAGAUUGCAGAGAUAUUCGGUUUUGGACCGACCAUUGGAUGGGCAAUGA